AUGGCUUGGCGGCGGCAGGUUCCCGGAAGUGGCGGCGCGGCCCGGGAAGACCUCAGUUUCCGCAGGCUGAGUCGGGGCCGGUUGCGCUGGCUUCGCGGGCGCUAUGAGUUGCUUCCAGGGACAGAUGGCCGAGUACCCAACCAUCUCCAUAGACCGCUUCGACAGGGAGAACCUGAAGGCCCGCGCCUACUUCCUGUCUCACUGCCACAAGGAUCACAUGAAAGGAUUAAGAGCCCCUACCUUGAAAAGAAGGUUGGAGUGCAGAUAUCAAUUGAAAUUGAAACUCCUACCCAGAUAUCGUUAGUCGAUGAAGCAUCAGGCGAGAAGGAAGAGAUUGUUGUGACUCUCUUACCAGCUGGUCAUUGUCCAGGAUCAGUUAUGUUUUUAUUUCAGGGCAAUAACGGAACGGUCUUGUACACGGGAGAUUUCCGAUUGGCACAGGGGGAAGCUGCCAGAAUGGAGCUCCUGCAUUCUGGGGGCAGAGUGAAAGACAUCCAAAGUGUAUACCUAGAUACUACUUUCUGCGAUCCGAAAUUUUACCAAAUUCCUAGUCGAGAGGAGUGUCUGAGCGGAAUAUUAGAGCUGGUUCGCAGCUGGAUCACUCGGAGUCCGUACCAUGUCGUGUGGCUGAACUGCAAAGCAGCUUACGGGUAUGAGUAUCUGUUCACCCAUCUGAGCGAGGAAUUUGGAAUCCAGGUUCAUGUGGACAAAUUAGACAUGUUUAGGAACAUGCCCGACAUUCUUCAUCACCUCACAACAGACCGGAAUACUCAGAUCCAUGCCUGUCGCCAUCCGAAGGCAGAAGAAUAUUUUCAUUGGAAUAAAUUACCCUGUGGAAAUAUUUCCAAAAAUACAAUUCCACUCCACACAAUCAGCAUUAAGCCAUCCACUAUGUGGUUUGGAGAAAGGACCAGAAAAACAAAUGUAAUUGUGAGGACUGGAGAGAGUUCAUACAGAGCUUGUUUUUCUUUUCACUCUUCCUACAGUGAGGUUAAGGAUUUCUUGAGCUACAUCUGUCCUGUGAAUGUGUAUCCCAACGUCAUUCCAAUAGGCACAACUAUGGAUAAAGUUGUAGAAAUCUUAAAGCCUUUAUGCCGAUCUUCCCAAAGUACUGAGCCAAAGUAUAAACCACUUGGAAAAUUGAAGAGAGCUAGAAAAACUCACCUAGACUCAGAGGAGGAAGAUGACCUCUUUGAUGAUCCUGUGCCGUUACCGCUAAGGCACAAGGUUCCAUACCAGCUAACUCUUCACCCUGACGUGUAUCUGAUGACUGCAGCUUCCCCAAGCAAGCCUGAACAAGAGAGACAAAGCACAGGGUACAAAGAGAGUAUGCACCCCUUUCCUUUGGCAAACUUUAUAGAAUGUGAAGAAUCCAACAGCGAAGGUGAAGAAGAAUUACAAACCCCAGCUUCAUCUCAAGAAGACCUGGGUGCUCUCACACAUCACCAGCAAAAGGCUGAUGUAGAAGUACCACAGUGGGAAGUGUUCUUUAAAAGAAAUGAUGAAAUCACAGAUGACAGUUUGGAAAACCUCCCUUCUUCCACAGAGGCAGGGGGCUCUCAGUCGCCAAAGAUUUUUAGUGACUCUGAUGGAGAGUCAACUCACAUCUCUUCCCAGAAUUCUUCUCAGUCAACACACAUAUCCGAACAAGGGAGUCAAGGCUGGGACAGCCAAUCGGACACUGUUUUGUUAUCAUCCCAAGAGAGAAACAGUGGGGAUAUUACCUUCUUGAACAAAGGUAGCUAUAGACCAAGAAUCAAAGAGAAUAUUCCUGCCUCUCAGAUGGAACAAAAUGUACUUUGCCCAAAGGAUACUUAUUCUGACUUGAAAAGCAGAAAUCAAGAUGCAAAUAUGGCUCCUAGUGUUGGAGAAAUAACCACUCGAAGCAGUGGGAAACACAUACCUGAGGAAAAAAGGCUACUAAAUUUUAGCACCAAUGCAGAUUCCCAGAGCUCCUCUGAUUUUGAAAUUCCCUCCACACCAGAAGCUGAGCUACCUAAAGGAGAGCAUUUACAGUAUUUAUAUGAGAAGCUGGCAACAGGGGAGAAUAUAGUCACUGAAAAAAGAAAAAGCUCAUUCUCAGAUACUUAA